AUGAUUGGUAUUGCUGCAAUGCAUCUUGACAAUGAAGGCAAAUUUAUGCGGACAUCACAUGCUGAAAAUCCUGAGAGUCUUUGGAAUAAUCCUCAGUUGUAUCCAAAAAUGUUCCCUUGGCUUUUCCCUUUUGGUCUUGGAGGUAUUGGUACUUCAGAUAUUAAAGCUUUCUCAGAGUCUUCACAUAUUAAAUUCUUACUUUUAUAUCAUGACAAACACUUUCAACUUGACUCUAAUUUUCCAUUAAUUGCUUUUAGUCACCAGCAAAUCAAGGCCAACAGUUCACAAUCUUAUCUUCUUGCAGAGUCUAAAAAAUUCACUGAAAUUAGUGACCGGUUUUUGUCAGUAGAUAAAUCCAUUUUGCAAAAUAUUGCAACCCGUAUGGCUAAUGGGGAGCAUGUAAAGCCUGCCAAUGAGUCUGAAAUACAAUGUUUCUAG